AUGGACUACUUCGACUUCAAGGGUACUCCCACUGGCACCAUCACCGUCAGCCCACCUGGGGGUACAGGAGGACAUCACAAGGGUGGCCACCAUGGCGCCCCAGGUCCACUCCCCACGGAUGACUUUCCCAGUCCCAUUCCCAAGCUCCUCCACGCCACAAAGGCUGGACAUACCACCCUCUGGGUCGUCUUCGCCAUCUUCACCAUUGGCCUCAUUGGUCUCUGGCCCAUGGCGCUCCGCGUCGAGAAACGCGCCCGCUUCUUCCAUGGCGUCUCUGCCGGUGUUUUGACCAUUGCCAUGGUCUCCUACCUUGCCAUGGCUACUGGUCUCGGAACGACCUUUGUCCCCAUUCACAACCACGCCGCGGAUGCCAGCGUCUACAAGUACUUCCGAGAGGUCUACUUUGCUCGAUACAUCGACUGGCUCUUUACUACCCCUCUGCUCCUCCUGUCUCUCGCCGUGCUCGCUGGUCUCUCCCCGGCCGACACUGUCUUGGUCAUCUGCGCCGACGUCUUCAUGAUCGUCACUGGUCUCCUCGGUGGCCUCGUCCCCGCCCGAUGGGCCACUGGCGAGCGAAGCCGAUGGACCUGGUUCACGGUCAGCUGCAUUGGUUUCCUCGUCAUCUGGUACGUCCUCAUCACCGGAGGAUUGCGAGCGUCGAAACACCGACCUAGCAAGACAAGAGGAUUAUUCGUCCUGCUCUCCAUCAUGACCUUUAUCCUCUGGGCCGCCUACCCCGUCGUCUUUGCUUUGACCGAAGGGGCCAACAUGGUAUCCGUCAAUACCGAAGUCAUCGCCUAUGCCGUCCUCGACGUCUCGGCGAAAGUCGGAUUCACCUACAUGCUUUUGCUUGUUCACACACACGGCGAAGACGACACCUGGACGCUGCCAGAAUGGUUCGUCACCCACCGACACGGCCAUGGAUCGGACGGUCGAGGCGGAUACGGUGCUAUUGGAAAUGAUGAUUAG